AUGGUAUCCAAAAUAGCGAUUUUGUACCAAAACGUGCGAGGUCUUAGAACAAAAACCUCUGAGUUUUUUUCGAAUAUAUUAAAUUGUGAACAUGACAUAAUUUGUCUAACUGAAACGUGGUUAUUACCUGGAAUUUUUGAUUCAGAAAUUUUUGAUAGUCGCUACUCGGUCUAUAGAUGUGAUCGUAACUACAAUGAACGUAACGAUAAAAUGGGAGGCGGUGUCCUGAUUGCGGUGCGGAACGGACUCGUUGUUAAAGACCCUGUCUUUUUGCCGUCAAACGAUAUUGUUUCCUGUGACGUUUUUUCAUUAUGCGUAGCUUUAAGGACAAAAGGUAAGCCCGUUAAUUGUAGAUUUUUUUGUUGUUAUUUUCCUCAGUCGGGUUCACAAUUUCAAGAUCAGUUGAACUUUUAUGAACGUAUCUCUGAAUUAGUGAUAUUGAAUCCGAAAGAUAUAUUUUUAAUAGUUGGUGAUUUUAAUGUUCCCAGUGCUAUUUGGUCUCCUUCGUCCACAUCCGCUGAGCUCUGUGAGAAUAUUGGAAACUCAAUGGUCAAUGCAAUGUCUUCCUUCAUGUCCUUAAAUAACUUUUCCCAAUAUAACUUAGUCUCAAACAUCAAUAAUCGCCAAUUAGACCUUGUCUUCAGUAACUCAAAUUGUAGGGUUAUGCGCUGUGAAACACCUUUAGUAAAGGAAGAUUUACACCAUCCCACGUUGGAUAUUAUGUUAAUAGAUAUUAAAAUUAGUAGCUUUCUUAGCCCUCCUCGUAUUGUUAAACUUUUUCAUAAAGCUGACUAUAAAAUAAUUAAUGAAUUAUUGGCUAACAUUGAUUGGUCGGUUAUUUCUGAUUACUAUGAUAUUGACACAUCCGUUGAGAAAUUCUAUUACAUAAUCAAUGAUAUAAUUACAAAGAAUAUUCCUUCUAAAGUGGUUGUUGAUCUUAGUAAGUAUCCAGCGUGGUAUUCUCCUGCACUUAUUAAAAUCAUUAAAGAAAAACCAAAAUAUCACAAAAAAUGGAAAAUGUAUGAUAAUUACAGUGAUUACAGUACUUUUAAAUUACUUCGUGAUAGACAAAAAAGGGUUGAAAAGACAUGCUACGAUAACUAUCUUGAUUUUGCGGAAAAUAAUAUUUUGAGAAACUCUAAGUGUUUUUGGACAUUUGUCAAGACCAAACAGAAUACAAAUGACAUACCUGAGCGGCUAUAUUAUAACGAUAUCUCAACAUGUGACGGUCAGCAAAUAAGCAAUCUAUUUAAUGAAUAUUUCUAUACAUCCUUUGAACAUAGUACACAUCUUAACAAUUUUUCCUGUAACAGUCAAAAUAAUAGUGGAUACAAUUAAUUUGUCAUCUGUUGAUAUUUCACUUGCUGAUGUUCGUAAGUAUUUGAAAACCUUAGAUAUUAAAAAAGGUAGCGGACCCGACGGUAUACCACCUCUUUUUCUAAGUAAAUGCUAUACGACUAUAUCUAUUCCUUUACAUUUAUUGUUUUGUAUUUCUCUUCAUACAUGUACUAUGCCUUCAAUUUGGAAACAGUCUUAUGUUGUGCCUAUUUUUAAAAAUGGAGAUAGACAUGAUAUCAAAAAUUAUCGUCCUAUUUCGAAAUUAAGUUCAAUUCCAAAACUUUUUGAACGUAUAAUUUAUGACAAAAUCUUUCCAAGCAUACGCCCCAUAAUUAUUGACCAUCAGCAUGGAUUUAUUAACAAGAAAUCAACUGAAACUAAUUUGUGUGAAUUCACUGACUAUGUUUUGACUGCAAUGGACAAAGGAUAUCAGGUGGACGUUGUGUACGCCGAUUACUCCAAAGCGUUUGACAAAAUCUCUCAUUCUAUCUUAAUAGCAAAAAUGGAGUUCAUCGGUGUACAUGGUGACCUCCUUAGAUGGAUCAAGUCAUAUUUAUUGAAUAGAAGUCAAGCUGUGACUGUGAAAGGAUAUUGCUCAUCUUUUCUACCCGUUCCAUCUGGAGUCCCUCAAGGCUCACAUCUUGGACCACUGUUUUUUAAUAUAUAUAUAAAUGAUGUUGUUUCGGUAUUUGCAUCAUCUAAAUUUCUAUUAUAUGCUGAUGAUACAAAAA